AAUUGGCCCUCGCCGGUUUCCGUCGCUCCGAACGAUAGGCAGCUGAGGCCGAGCUGAAGGGAAGCCAUGGCGGCCUCGUCGUCCAUCCAGAUCCCGAGCCGCCUCCCGCUGCUGCUGACGCCCGAGUCCGUGCUGCUGCCGGGCUCCACCAUGCGGGCCAGCGUGGACUCUCCGCGGAACAUGCAGCUGGUGCGGAGCCGGCUCCUCAAGGGCACCUCGCUCAAGAGCACCAUCCUUGGCCUCGUCCCCGACAGCCGCGACCCGCCCAGCGAGCAAGACCCGCUGCCGCCGCUCCACAGGAUUGGCACGGCAGCCCUAGCCAUCCAAGUGGUGGGCAGCAACUGGCCCAAGCCUCAUUACACUCUGCUGGUCACAGGCCUCUGCAGAUUCCAGAUUUUGCAGCUGGUGAAGGAGAAGCCAUAUCCCGUUGCAGAGGUGGAACAGCUGGACCGUUUGGAACAGUUUACCAACAAGUCUACAUCUGAGGAAGAGCUGGGAGAGCUGUCGGAUCAGCUCUACAAAUACGCAGUACAGCUGGUUGAGAUGCUCGACAUGUCCAUCCCUGCAGUGGCUAAACUGAGGCGCCUGUUGGACAACCUGCCCAGGGAAGCUCUACCGGAUAUAUUAACUUCAAUCAUUCGCACCAGCAACCAGGAGAAGCUUCAGAUUUUAGACGCUGUGGGCUUGGAGGAACGUUUCAAGAUGACCAUCCCUUUGCUGGUCAGGCAGAUUGAAGGUUUGAAGCUGCUUCAGAAAACUAGAAAACCCAAACAAGAUGAUGACAAAAGGGUUAUAGCAAUACGUCCAAUCCGAAGGCUUGCCCACAUUCCAGGUGCUUUGGAGGAGGAGGAGGAAGAUGAAGAUCACGAUGAUAUCGUUAUCCUGGAAAAGAAAAUCCGAACUUCCAGUAUGCCUGAGCAGGCUUUGAAAGUGUGUGUCAAGGAGGUAAAGAGGUUAAAGAAAAUGCCUCAGUCAAUGCCAGAAUAUGCCUUGACCCGGAAUUAUUUGGAAUUGAUGGUGGAAUUGCCCUGGAGCAAAAGUACAAAAGAUUGCCUAGAUAUCCGGGCAGCCAGAAUUCUUUUGGACAAUGACCAUUAUGCAAUGGAGAAACUGAAGAAGAGAGUAUUGGAAUAUUUAGCUGUCAGACAGCUAAAGAACAACUUAAAAGGACCCAUUCUUUGUUUUGUGGGUCCCCCUGGAGUUGGCAAAACUAGUGUGGGAAGAUCAGUGGCAAAGACUUUGGGCCGAGAGUUCCACCGAAUUGCUUUGGGCGGAGUGUGCGACCAGUCUGACAUCCGGGGACACAGGCGCACCUAUGUGGGCAGCAUGCCUGGGCGCAUCAUCAAUGGCUUGAAGACGGUUGGGGUUAACAAUCCAGUCUUUCUGCUCGAUGAGGUGGACAAGCUUGGGAAAAGCCUGCAAGGGGAUCCUGCAGCUGCCUUGCUAGAGGUCUUGGAUCCAGAGCAAAACCAUAGCUUCACCGAUCACUACUUAAAUGUAGCCUUUGAUUUGUCUCAAGUCCUGUUCAUUGCCACCGCUAAUACUACUGCCACCAUCCCGCCUGCUUUGUUGGACAGAAUGGAGAUCAUUCAGGUUCCAGGAUACACGCAGGAGGAGAAGCUAGAAAUUGCACAUCGUCAUUUGAUUCCAAAGCAACUUGAACAGCAUGGGCUAACACCUCAGCAGAUUCAAAUCCCCCAAGAUACAACUCUGGCAAUCAUCACCCGAUACACCCGGGAGGCAGGAGUCCGCUCCUUGGAUCGCAAAUUUGGGGCCAUUUGCCGAGCGGUUGCUGUGAAAGUGGCAGAAGGCCAGCAUAAGGAGACAAAGCCAGACCGCUCCGAAGUGACAGAAGGAGGAGAGUGCAGAGAGCAUAUUGCCGAAGAUGCAAAGCCUGAUUCUAUCAGUGACACGGCUGACCUUGCGCUGCCACCUGAAAUGCCAAUUUUAAUUGACUUUCAUGCUCUGAAAGAUAUUCUUGGGCCACCAAUGUAUGAACUGGAGGUAUCCGAGAGGCUAAGUCAACCCGGUGUAGCAAUUGGCUUGGCAUGGACUCCUUUAGGGGGAGAGAUCAUGUUCGUAGAGGCCAGCCGUAUGGAUGGGGAAGGCCAGCUCACUUUGACCGGGCAACUUGGUGACAUCAUGAAGGAAUCGGCACAUCUUGCUAUUAGCUGGCUGCGCAGCAACGCCAAGAAAUACCACCUGACCAAUGCUUCUGGAAGUUUUGAUCUCCUUGACAACACAGACAUCCAUCUGCACUUCCCAGCUGGAGCUGUCACAAAAGAUGGACCAUCUGCUGGUGUUACCAUAGUAACCUGCCUUGCCUCGCUUUUCAGUGGGCGGCUCGUGCGUUCGGAUGUAGCCAUGACUGGGGAAAUUACACUCAGAGGCCUGGUUCUUCCAGUUGGAGGAAUUAAGGACAAGGUCCUAGCAGCCCACAGAGCAGGUCUGAAGAGAAUUAUCAUUCCUCAAAGAAAUGAGAAGGAUCUUGAAGAGAUUGCAGUCAAUGUACGGCAGGAUCUAAAUUUUGUGAUGACGAGCUGUUUGGAUGAAGUCCUUAAUGCAGCUUUUGAAGGGGGAUUUUCAGCCAAGACCAGACUUGAUCAUUUCAAUAGCAAACUCUAAGCAGAUUGACCGGGCUUGCCCAAGGCACCAAAUGCAAAGCCGAUGUUCAUCUGGCAGCCUGUAGAAAAACAUAAGGAAGUACAGAAAGGACAAUACUGGAACAUUGAUCCUAGUCAGGGUCUUUUUUUUUUAAGUGAGGCGCUAUUCUUCACUAAGACUGUUCAAAACCUGCUAUCCUUAUUGGCUCCUGUUGGGGAGCAAUCCACAUAUAGAUUUAAAUGAAGCUCUUAAUGAUAGUUGAAUCCCCAUUCCUUAGCUAUUAAGCCAGGAGACUUAUAUGAAGGCAAAACAGUUAUAUCCAAUCACUUGAGGCUCAUCAUGAAGGCAGCUGCCUGUGAAAUUUAAUGUGAGCCUGUUUGUUUUUUUCUGUGACUGCAGAGGAAUGUCAGAAUUAUGAAUUGCCAUUCUUAAGCUAGUGCCAUUCACUUUGGGUUUUUUUUUUUUUUUGCCUUAACCAAACAAGUGAAUUGCUUUUACACAUGGCUUCUCUAAGUAAGUUGAUCAUAAAUUAGAACAACUUUAUAAUCUGAGAAGUCACUGCCAAAUGUCCAGAGUUAGGGGAUGGUAUAAAAGAUGAAAAAUAAAGAGCUCUUCAUUCUUUAGGCUGUGACUGGAUAGAAAUCUUAGGCAUCUCCUACUGAUAAUUAUCACCACUUUAAAUUAAUGUUGCAAUUUUGUUUAAAAUGGUGGAAGAUGAAAAAAUGCACUACUUUUCUCUACAAUAGAUGGUUUGACUAAAUAA